AUGGCCGAGCCAGACUACAGCUCGCCUUACUGGGCUGCUUUUUCCACAGGUCCAGGACCACAAGGCUCAGAGAUGCCUGCCCCGCUUCUUCCUGGACAUGCACCCUCGUUUGCCCAAGGAUUUCCCUCUUUGUCUUACGAGCCUCCCUAUCAUCAAGUCAAUGCCCCUCCUAUGCCUCCCUUCUCCGAAGUACAUGCCUUUGCUUUCUACACACAUACACCAGGACGGUCGCCCUAUCCAAUGCCAGUAGCCCACCCACCACAUAUGCGUCCGUACCCUCAACCCCAUUCAAGGCUUCCUCCAGCCCUCCGCAAUGGCUCUGCUGGCGGACGUAUGGACAGCCCUAGUCUUUCGGAUACCGGGGACAACUUCCCAAGGGUUGACCCUUCCAUACCACGCGGAACACAGGCUUUCUUUCCUGCCUAUUUUGCAGGACAUGAACCUCUUUUGCCACCAGCAAACGGACCUUCUCCCAUGGCUAGACGGUAUCACUAUCCAAUCGGCCCUCCAGCUCCACCAGCCCUCAGCUCUGAUGAUCAAGACCGUAUGCAAGCGCCAAACCGUGGAAACAUAGAUCAGCAUCAGCGGACUCCCUCACUCAAUCCAAGGUCGUCACACGUAGAACAGCCUCCACACAACAACCGGCCAUACAUGCAUCCAGAACGGCGUUCAACAGCACUAUUCAACCCUCAAGGUCGUCGAUCAGACCGUAGUGUCUCUCCUCGGACUUCGACCCGCCGGAGUUUCGACAGAUACUCCUCCGAUUUCUCCCCUUCCAUCACAUCGUCCGAUGCAGAAGAGGGCGCUCUUCGUGCGGCGCCGUCAAAUCGCGCACGACACCGACCGAGAGAGGUUCGGCCACGCUUUCUCCCCCAGCGCCAGGACCCCAACAUCCCGAGUCUCCGACAGAUUCAGGAUCUCAAAGACAAACUCCCACGACGCCUGCCGAGUGAGCUCCCGGAAGGCGCGUCCUGUGCGUGCGACAUUUGCCAGAAAGAUUACUCGAGCACCUACGUGCAACCAUCAGAAGAAGAUGAAAUAGCCAUACAAUUACCUUGUGGCCACUCUUUUGGGGAGUUUUGCAUUUUCCAAUGGUUUGAUACUUGCAAAACCCACAAGAACAAGGUCACUUGUCCAAUGUGCCGUAAACUGCUCAUCGAACCUGUGCGGUACUCACCUGCGCUGUUGCACGCAAUUUCCCGACAUGGUCCAGCGUUCCAAGAGCUACUCGCCAACGAGCUUCGAGGCGACUUUGCCCAUACGUGA